CCAACAGUAAUACACUUUGAACUUGAGGAGAGGGGCUGAAAAGUAGGCAUCUUGCUUUCCAUGUCUGCUUUGAUGAACAUUUGAAGUCUUGUUUUCAUGAAGCAGGGACACGAGUUACGUUUCUGGAUGGGCAGGAGCUUGAAGCAGAAAUGGCCAGUUUGAAUAAGAAUAUGGGAAAGGUUGCAGGAGGAGAGCCGUCUAAGCCGUCUGUUUUCACAUUUGUGCCAGUGGUGCAGAAAUUACCAAGCAAAAAUAUUAUUGCUGAGGAGGAGAGAUCUACAGCUCUGACCAGAAACCCAGAUAAGAACGUAGCCGUGUCCCAUGAGGAGACAACAAGCAUGUCAGACGGGGAGAUUUUCAAAGCAGAGAUAGUCUUUAUCAAGGACUCUGUGGAGGGGAAAGCAGGAAACGUAAUCCAACGGGGGACAGAACCUCACAUGAAACCUUCACCAGUUCUGGUGAGCCUGACUCACACCAAAGCCUCUCCAUCAGCCAGGUCUGAAAAUACCCCCAACCACGUAGCCGCCGCGACGGCCUCUAUGGAAACAGCUGUUGACAAACACAGGGGCAUUUCCCAGCGGCGGUGUCACGAUACCUCUGGACAUGCUGAGGUUAGCUUGGGUUGCUUUGCAAAUAGAAAGUCUGUGUCAGAAGACAGAACAAGCCCCACAAACUCCGCAGAUCUGUUCCCCACCCCGGCUUCAUCCAGAGAGUCCAUCCUCUCAGAGGGCUCGGACAGAGAUAAGAGCUGGUCUGCUGCUCAGCUUUCCUCUGUUGCCUCUCCUGUUUCUUUCAGCCGCACUGUUUCUCAGUGCUCAUCUGUCCGCUCGGGCGUCUUCACCCCUGCCGUCGUCCAGAUCAAGAGGCAUUUUCUGGCUCCUGGCUCUAGUCUGGUUAACAUCCCCCAAACCUGCUUCUCAUCCUGCGAGAGCCUGACCUCCUCUGUCUGUCUAGAGACUUCUCCUCCCCGGCACCGGCCUCCUCUCACUCGACUGUCCCUCCUUACUGCCAUCCUAAGGAAAGGUCGUCUUCCUGUCCUGUCGCCUGCUCCACAGAGGCCUUACACCCCCUGCUGGCCUGUUAACCCUGUGACCCUGUCCUUCUGUAACGCAUGCUCAGCAGCCUCCAGCGUGGCCUCUAUUCCCCUGGAGUUUUCCUCUCUCUACUCCUCAUCGGCUUCUAUAGAUAGUCAAAGCCACGUUCACAGGGAAGCGAAUCGGUGCAUCACUGCUCCUCCAACGGUGCAGCCGAGUGAGCUCAGCAGAACCCGUCCUCAAGUGAAAAGAUGCUCGGAGCAAAUUCACUCCGGCAGCGUGCCUAGAAGGGAGCGGGUUGUUUCACCACCGCCGGUGAAGAGCAGCACUCUACCCAGAGCUCCACUGUUCUGCUCAAACUUCAAAUCUGUUUCUCCAUCAAAGCAUGAAGCAAUAGACUGUGCAACCUCCAACAAGCUGCCACACACACACAUCUGCAGCUCCGCUGAGCUGAAGCCCAGCAACACUCACAUGUUCCUCAAGGGCCAUGCAGAUAACAACCUCAAAAAACUCAUCUCCCCAUCCACUAAACUUAGUAAUGAGCCAGACACCGCUGUGCCCCAGAAAUGGAGUCACCAACCAAAUUCAUCUCUCUCAAAGCUUCACUCGCUUUCUCAAAAGCUGAGAUCUGCGCCUGUCUCUCCUCCUCAUCCUCAGCUUUCAUGUGCCACAACUUUCUCUGCUCGCACUGACACAGCAUCACCUCUUCCUGCUUUACAAAAUGUGGGAUCAGAGGGAAGCUGCCCCGACUCUAAAAGUGUCACACCAUCUCGGGGUUUCCACAAAGCCAGCUGCCUGUCUCCUUCCCGCUACACACCUAUUGUCUUUUCCGGGUGGCCGUCACCCGCCGACUCCCCCACACCUACGCCCUCCCCUGCUCCUCCAAUCAGAGACCUCACCCCCUCCCCUCCUCUCUCCCUGCGCUCCACACCCUCCCCAAGGCCUGGGAGUGGAAUAUCAGACUGCAGUGACAGGGAGGGUAAAAAAAGAAAGACACACAAGAUUAAGUCGAGCUACAAAUCGCUCGCUGCAAUUCCCACAAACACCCUCCUGCUGGAUCAGCAAGUGAUAGACGAGCAGGUAGAGAGAGAACUGAGUCCUUGUGACACGCCGGACGGAGGAGUUGCAGACACCCAUAUGGAGAUGUGCUCACCUGCUCAACUCCGGCAACAGUCAGAGGAACUUUAUGCUGUCAUUGAUGAGAUACUGGCAAAUUCCACUCCAGUAUCCUCCAGGUCAUCGACUCCCAAUGUUGGUCUGCAGGUAAAAAACAACUCGUCAUUUCCAAAAUCCUUGGGACGUGAAACCAAAUAUGCAUCGUUAUGCAGCUUGCACCCUUCUGCCGGUGUGGAAAGAAAACUGACGGAUUCUAAAAAGACGAAACCUGGGGUCAUUCGCCCGAUGACGGUCAUUCCAAGACUGACAGUGGAGGAAGAAGAAGAGCUUUGCUCAAAUCCCUUCAGGCAGUUCACUGUCAAGCAAACCUUCAAUGACAAGAAGAAGGCAGAAAACACGCAUCCCAAACCUGGAGGGAUAAACUGGCACACAGGUUCAACAGGCAAAACACCGAGUGAGGAGAGGAAGCCUCAAAGAAGAAGUCCUUUCUCUGUAUGUGACCUGCAGAUCACAGAGCCUGAAGAGCAGAUCAGUCACCUUGGGAAAGAUGCUUUGACAUCUUUCAGUCCUACCGAGAGGCAUAUGCAAGCUUUUGAAACUCAUAUUUAAGUGCUUUUUCUUCAGUAAACAAUUAUUUGCUUAAGCACAUUCAGUAUUCAAGGCAGUUCCGGCUAACGGAGCAAUGACAAGUUGAUUGCACCUCAUCAGCAUGAAUGUCCAUGUGGUUGUUUACAGGAGUCGACAGCAAGGGUUUAGAUCGCCUGAUGAUAGAGCUGCACUCAACUGACCAUUCGCUAGUUUCCGUUAACGACAUGCAUUGUCAUUUUUGAAAUGGUGAGUCUUUAAUUUCAGACAGAGACGGACAAAAGUAGUCUUCUUAUUUUUUUUCUGUGCUAAUUGAAGCUUCGUCAGACAGAAUCUCUUGAAUAUCGGGGAAAAAAACACAAUUGUAGUCACUCCCUUUAGACGCUCUUGGAAAAGAGAGAUUGAGAAAGAAAACAUAUCUUUGAAACUAUUUGACCUGAUUUGCACUUCUGAUGAAGUACACCGACACCUUAAAGUUGCACCUCCUCACCACAAGUUUAUGAUAGAUACACGUAAAUAAGGAAGCAACAUUGUUUUUGUAUUAUAAUGCAGAUCUUCUGCGGGUAUUUCAGGAUAUAUCAUGAGAAAAACAGACUUGUAGAAGCAUCGCAGAGGAUAAAGCUAUCUUCAUGAUUUCUCUCUUUCAAAUGUUAAGGUUACCCUAAACUUUGAUCUGUACCUGACACCAUCCUGCAAACUUUUUGUUUGUUGAGACAAAGCAUCACAGAAUCCAAAGCUUGACGGAACUGCAGUGGCAGAUCUAGCAAUGGUCAGUUGCUGAAAAACAAGCCAAAGACAAGAGAUAGUGACACAACCCUGAUCAUCUUUUUUUUUUUUAAGUAAAAACUAAUUUGACCUAGAAAGACGCAUGUAAAAAACCUACUGUGUGGCCUUUUAUUGGUCUUACAGUGUGUUUUAUUCACAAACUAUGAUCACAGUCAUUGCAGUACAACAUUAAAUUCAUGCAAAUGAUGUGACUCACUGUAAAGAAAAUAACAUUUUAUUAUUAUUAUUAUUAUUAUUAUUAUUAUUAUUAUUAUUAUUAAUAAUAAUAAUAAUAAUAAAUGAUUUGAAGAAAAACUGGAAUGUUUAAUAAACAAUUUACCUACCUUC